AUGGAUUCUGAUACAUUAAUAAAGAGCUUCUUCCCCAUGGGAGCUUCACCAGAUCCUAAUUCUUUUGCUAAUGCCAUGAACUUCCAUAGCCCAGAUUUAAGGCUGUCUUUACCGUCGUUCCAAGAUCCUACUAUCCUGCUCCACCACCACCCUCCGCGGGCUAGCCAUGGAGAAGCACAACACCUUUUCGUCAUAGCCGACGCCGCAACUCAGCUGGGGUUCAGUGCUUCUGAGCACCAUGAACAUCACCAGAGGCUAGCGCUAUGGAAUGCCAGCAUAGACUCCAACACCGCGCCAGCGCCGGGAGAGAGUAUCUUCUGCAACAUAAGAAUACUUAUUCAAUUCACCGCCGAUGCCGGCGUUGUAUGA